AUGCACCCCCACGGUCAUCCUCAAUCUCACGGUCAUCGACGUCCUUCGGACCAAAGCUAUCGUUCUCUCCCUUCCCCCGUCCCUGCUGGCGGGAUCCUCAACCAACCACAGCAUCUCAACAGUGGAGGUAAUUCAAAUGGGACCAACAAUUCCAGACCACAAUCAGAUUCUGGUGAAUCUUCACGUACAACACUCCUUUAUAGUGGUCAACUACCACCUCCUAUUCCAUCAGGUCCUUCACGCGCUUCUCAUUCGCUUUCCUUCCGCAACACACCCCACUCUGCCCCGGUAGCGAAACAGAAGAAAAGAAGGAUAGCUUUAAGUUGCGCAGAGUGUUCAAAGAGGAAACAAAAGUGUAAUCGAGAAACUCCUUGUCAGCAUUGUAAAGCUAGAGGUGUACCUGAACUUUGUCUACCUUCUAAGGCAGGUGAGGAUAGUUCUGACAAAGAGAAAAAACCUGUCAUCCCUACCAUCAAUCAAAGAGGGAUCAAGAGAAAUAGUCUGAGUUUGAUGGGAGAAUCAAGUAGACCUCAACCAUUACCAACGUUGACUGUACGUGUGACUAGGAUAGAAGCUUUAGUCAAUGCUAUGGUCAAUCGUAUAGAUGGGAUUGAUGAGACCAAAGCUUUACAAGAUUGGCGUAUAAAUCACGCCCCAGCCACUUCACCUUCCCCUUUAGAUUAUCCUCGUAUUUCAUCUGAUGACCAAUCCUUAUCGCCCUCAAGACUUCCGAUGAAUGAUCAAGAAGAUCUUCUGCUAGAAAGGGAAACUGAAGGUAGGGAGGGUGGUGUCACAGCGACGGAUAUCGAUAGAGAUACUAUCAUUCGUAAUCCUUUACCUCAAUCAAUGGUCGAAUCGAACGUCCCACUCGGUUUAGAUUAUCACGGUACACCUGCAGAAAGAAUGACUCGUCUCUUUCAAGAUUGCGGUGUGAACCCAUCAGAAUUGCAGCGACUAGUCAGCGAGCUACCUGGUCCAGGUCUGAGACAUCAACUCACCGAAUGGUUCUUUCGCAAGAUCAACUUUGUUCGGUAUCCCAUAUCACAAGAAAACUUUGGAGACUAUGUCAAAUUAAUAUAUGAAAGUCCCGCUUUGGAAGCAAUGGCUGUCAUCGGUCUUCCAUUAGUUUGUAUAGUAUUCGCUAUGGCUAUUCGUGUGGCACCUCUAGAAUGGAUAGGUGACGAAGAACAACGUCGGACUUAUAGUCUGAAGAUGUAUUGGAAUUCACGAACCGCCAUUAUCCUAUCUUCCGCUCUCAUGGCCGAAAGUCUCCCAUUGGUAGAGACUAAAAUCCUUACGGGUCUAUACUUGGUUUUAAUGCACGAAAGACGUCUGGCGGAAGGAUGGUGUGAAUUUCGAUCUGCUUUAUCAGUCGGACAAGCUAUUUUGCUUCAUCGUGAUGGGACAAAGCUUGGAUUGAAUGCAAAGGUCACGGAAUAUAGGAGAAGGUUAUGGUCUUAUCUCGUACAUGCUGAUGCUACAUACUCGUGUCUCAUAGGUCGACCAACAUCUAUCAACCAAGAUUGUGUAGACACCCAUCCUCCCCUAAAUCUCGACUUGGGUGAAAUAUCCCCCGAUGGUCCUGCUUCACCGAAAUUGAUGGACAUCCCAACAUUCGCUACGUAUUUGAUACUCCGACAUCGUCUAGGAUUGAUAGUGGCAAAGAUCACGAACCAUUUCCAACGAUUGAGAAGUAUGGCAACUUACAAAGUCAUCGAAGAUCUUGAUGCAGAGUUGAAAGAGUUUGUGAAGGACUUACCGGCUGCAUUUCGAAUGCACGACUUUGAUAGAUCUUACGAUACGAAACUGUGGUUCCUCCCAGUACACCGAUAUUAUAUCCAAACGGAGAUUUUGCACUUUACUAUCAUCUUGCAUGUCAGUUUGCUUAUCACCCCCUUCUCUUGGACUCUUGGCUCCUUUUCCUGUCGUCCAUACCUACUCCGCAAACUGCGACAGAACCGUUAUGCAUUAUCCAGGAACGCAUGCUUCGAAGCCGCCGUGACGGAUUGGAAGAUUAGGAAUGCUUUCAAGAGGGACUGUCCUGACUUUUUCGAGACUCUCCUCGGGGGAUCUUUCCGAGAAUUCAACGCAGCAAUGAUCGCCGGAAUCAGUAUCAUCUUGAAUCCCCACGGAUCUCAAGCGGAUGAUAUGAGGAAAAUCAUGAAGAGCUUUAUGGAUCAAUACCCUCAUGAUCCUAAAGCAGACGAUUUUUCUCAAAAGGAAGUUGGCAUUAUCUAUACUCUUCACCGACGGGCAAUGGCCAACGAAGAACUCCGAGCCAAAGAAGAACGUCGAAUGAAAGAAGAAUCCCAUAGACCCCAUCCACCUCAUCAUUCCCACCCUGCACAUCCAACCACCCAUCCCGAUCGUCCUUCCUUCACUGCCAUCUCCUCUGAACGUGAUAAUCGACCUUCUCCACCCCAUCCUCAUCCCUCCAAUCCUCGUCCAUCAACUUCCGGAGGUCCACCCACCACUAACCCGAAUCAAACUCCUUCACGUUCUCCAUUAGUCAACAGUUUCCUCCGAAACGAAGGACGAGCACACUCUCAUUCUUCUCCCGGAAUGGGUAGUAGUUCAGAAGAUGAUCAUCCACAACGUUUGUUAGACCAUUGGAUCUAUUCAAACACUCAAUUCGGACCUGCUGAUACGGCAUUGGGUUUACAACAAUAUCAAGCUUAUCCUCAACCUGGUUUACCGGGUUAUAUCAAUGGCAGUCAAGUACCUCUGAUGCAACAAGGUGGAAUGGUCGGACAAGGGUAUACGGAUCUUGGAGGUUUUGGUGGGUUUGGAGGUUGGGGAGAUCCAAACGUAGGAGGAGGAGGACCUUUGAUGGGUAUGGGUAUGGCGGAUCCUAGUUUGAUGAGUGGGGCUUUGACGGGUGGUAUAAGAGGAUCUUUGGCUGAGACGGAUGGGAAUAAUAGUGUUUAUUGGAACGCUUUAGUGGAUGGUGAGUUUAAACUUUGGAGUUGUUCCUACUUCCCAUCCUUGUCUCCCAAUUUUCGUAUCCUCCUCUCCUUCUUCUUUUUGAAUUUAUCUCAAUUCAUUUCGUUCAUACUCUUCCCAGUCGUCAGAAUAGUACAUCAUCUACUUACACCUCUACUUUCCUGA